AUGUAUGAUGUUUACGAAGAGAACGGUGAUGGAGAUGAAGAUGCCGAUGAAAACAACGGGUAUGGGGAGGAAGGUGAUGGAACCAGCGUGCAUGAUGACGAAGAAGGAGAGCAUAGCGGACGGAUUCACGUUUCCAGGUGUGAUCGUGGUCGAACAAAUGUUAUUGCAAAGAAGAAAAUAAAAAGAGUCGGAUGUGAAGCUCAAAUCUGUGCACGUAAGGACAAGGAAGAUUAUUGGAUGGUGACCACAGUGAACGCUGCUCACAAUCACGAGAUGGAUCUGGAUAUGUCGAAGUUCAUGGCUGGUCAUAGAACAAUAACAUAUGCACAGAAGAGACAUCUUGAGAAUGUAGAUAUCAGUGGUGUGCCAGUGUGCAAGAAUAUUCGGUGGCUACAAUUUCAAUUCGGUGGCCUUGGAAAUACAAGUUGCUCGGAUAGAGAUUGCAGGACAUUCAUCGACCAAAUGAGACGAUUGCGACUCGGUGAUGGAGAUGCAGCUGCCAUUGCAAAACUUUUCAACACACUAAAAAAGAAAGAUCCAUCCUUUCAUCACAUGAUGGAUAUCGAUGAUGACAUGAUGUUGCGCAACGUAAUGUGGAUUCAUCCACGUAGUAAAGCCGCUUACGAAGAAUUUUAUGACGUUGUUAAUUUUGAUACAACGUAUCUUGUGAACCGGUACAAUAUGUCAUUUGCAACUGUGGUGGGCAUUAAUCAUCAUCAUCAGUCUAUACUAUUAGGUUGUGCUCUUUUGACACACGAGCAAUUUGAGUCGUUCAAGUGGUUUUUUAGCAAUUGGUUAGAUGCCAUGGGAGGUGUGGCGCCUACAGCCAUUCUGACGGAUCAAUGCGAGAGCAUCAAGGAUGCUUUGAAAGAGGUGAUGCCGGAAACCAUCCAUCGUUUUUGUAUUUGGCAUAUUCUAUACAAGUUUCCGGAGAAGUUCAAGGCGAUGAAGGAAUAUAACAAGGCGGCAACGACUUUAAAAAACAUUAUAUAUGAUAGCUUGAGCAUUGGUGAAUUUGAAGGAAAGUGGGCCGAGUUCUUAGUUGAAUAUGGGUUAGAAAAUAAUAAUUGGCUACAAGACCUUUAUGCUGUGAGAAAAAGUUGGGUGCCGAUAUAUUUGACUCAUAUUUUUUGGGCCGGGAUGCGUUCAACACAAAGGAGCGAAUCGAUGCAUGCCUUUUUUGAUAGCUAUAUCAAUUCAAGAAGCACGUUGAAGUCUUUUGUUGAGCAACACAAGAUUGCUAUUACAAAUAAAACGCAUAAAGAGUUGGAGGCUGAUUUCAAGUCGAAGUCUACAUACAUCACGCAGCAAACUCGAUUUGAAUGGGAGGACCAAUUCGGUCGUGUUUACACGAACAAUGUGUUCGAGUUAUUUCAGAAGGAAAUAGACAAGAGGGUAUGUUGCAAUUUGACUGUCGUCGAUCGAUCCUUGUCAGACAUGCUCAACGGGAUUGAGAGUUACUCUUUUAUGAAAAAGCAUUUACAUGAAGGGAGGCAAGUUAUCCAUUAA